AGGUACCAUCGCACGAUCGCACCGUCAGUUUGAGUCGGGCCGUGCUAUAGUGUGUAGUUUAUGAAUCUCAAUCCGGUCGAGUCGCAAGAUUCAAAUUCUUGACUUUAUCCUGUUCGUGGCAUUUGCACGGUUCAGAAUCGGACUCGAUAUCAAACAUACCUCGCGACCGAACGAACGAAACGCGACAGUGAAACAAUGGACGAUGUGUUUACGUGAUCAGUGAUUUCAUCGGGCGAACAAACAAAAGCAAAAGAGAAGAGUGACGACAGAUGAACGUGAUUGGUCUGCGUUAAACCUUGCAGGACACAGUACGGGCUAGGAUUCGUAAAAUGAGACAUCUAUGGUGGAUUAUCUUGUCGAUUGUCAUUGUCACGAGCAAUGGUGACGAUGUUCAAUGCCCUCAGCACUAUUGCAACUGCAAUCAGAAUACCAAAGGCGGCACCGAAGUACGCUGCCUUACAAUAAACGAUUCAUACAUCGUCAUAAACGUUAUACCUAUCAGCAAUUCUAUUGAGAUACAGUGUUUAAACUCGGCGAAAUGGUCGGACUUCCGUGUGCCGAAAUUGUUUCCUACCCGAAAAGUGGAUUCUGUGUUCUUCCAAAUGUGUAAAUUGCCUACGAACAAGAGCCUAGCAGAUAUCGCGCACGAAAUUGGCGCGCAGGAUGUGGAGACUCUAGCAUUCCAAUCUUACGCUGACAAGAGCAUGUACCUGACCAAGAAACACCUCGCGGGAUUCCCAAAAUUGCAACGGUUGAUCCUGUCAUCGAACAAUUUCAGCGACCUCAGCAACGAUUUAUUCACAGACAUGCCCGAGCUCACGUGGCUCGACUUGCGAGCAAGCAAUGUCCACCUACGGUCGGACUUGUUCCAAAACUCUGUCAAUCUGACGGUGCUCGAGUUAGCUCAGAAUAGAAUAAGCAGUAUAGAACCAGGUGUAUUCGAUAAAUUGACGAAACUGACGUUGCUCAACUUAUGGCAAAACAGAUUGACGAAGAUCGAGCCUGGCACGUUCGACAAGUUGGCUUCUCUGCAGUCCUUGGAUAUCAACACGAACGAUUUGACCACUUUGCACGAAGGUGUUCUUCAUAAUCUUAGUAAUCUUGAGGUUUUGAAUUUAUCCGCAAACAACUUUUCGUUGUUGCCGGAGGGUCUAUUCCAACAGAACAAAAAAUUAAAGACCGUGAAUAUGUAUGGGAAUAAAAGAAAUAUGACAACUUUUCCCAGAGGGCUGUUUGCGAAUCUAACAAAACUAACGUCGGUACAGCUCAGAAGCAACGGUUUAAUUACGGUGCCGGAAGAUUUGUUUCGAGGUUCCACCUCAAUAAUCAAAAUCAAUUUGGAGGGAAAUUAUCUUGCGUCCCUUCCAAAGGAUAUAUUCAAAGGACUGUGCAAUUUGUCGACGCUAAAUCUCAACUUCAAUGAAUUGACAUCGCUGCCUGAUGAAAUUUUCGCAGAUACAAAGUCUUUAACCAAGAUUGACUUAUCAAAAAAUCAUAUUGUUUCAAUAUCCAGGCACUUAUUUAAAGAUUUGGUAUCACUGAUCGUAUUGAACAUGUCACAAAAUCAUUUACAAGUAAUCGAAGACACAAGCUUCAAAUCUUUGGAAUCGCUAAAAAUUGCCAGUUUUUCCAACAAUUUGCUCACGUUCAAUAAUUCUUUGAAUGCGUACCAUGACGAAUAUGGGAACAAAUCACCGUUUCAUCAUUGCUUCUCUCUAGAAGAAUUGUACCUCGAUAAUAAUAAUAUUUCUGAGAUAUUUGGUGAUUGGACUAUAACCAGCUUAAAAUUGAAAAUAUUGGAUUUGAAAUACAAUCGGAUACCUUAUAUUUCGAGUGAAGAUCUGCAAUUCACAUCAAAUGAGAUUAAUGUUGAUCUGAGGUAUAACAAUAUAACCCACAUCUACUUACACAGUCUUGAAAAGAUAGCAAGUACUCAAAGAAUCGCACGUCCUGUAGUGAUACAAGUGGAGGACAAUCCAAUAGCUUGUGAUUGUGAUUUGUACGAUUUACUUCGUUAUUUGGAAGGAAAAAUGCACCCCUAUGUUCAAAACUAUUUUCAUAUUAUACCAGGAAAUUUAAUAUGCCAAAGUCCAAAAUGGUCAAUGAAUAUAUCUGUAUCGCAUCUAAAAUCUGAAACCUUGAAAUGUGAAGUAACGAACCCAUGUCCAACAAGUUGCUCGUGUUGGGCAAAACCAUACUUGGGAGCUUUCUUAAUUGAUUGCUCCUACAGGAACUUAACAAGCAUCCCGCGCAACAUUCAAUUUCUACCACGUCACAAACUUGAAUUAAAUUUUGAGGGUAAUAAAUUAACUCAACUGUUACCCCUAACAGGCCUUGGCCUAAGCAAUGCAACAAUAUCGAAGCUGCUUCUGUCAAAUACAAGUAUCUCGAGUGUACCCUUGGAUAUAUUAUCAUCCGAUCUUGAGGUUUUAGAGCUACAUUACAACAAUAUUAGCAGAUUGAACUCUGAUGUCUUACAAUUCAUGAGCAAUUCUACAAAGUUGCAGAAUAUUACGCUUUAUGGAAACCCGUGGGCAUGCGACUGCGAUGCUAGAGAUGUUCUAAAUUUCAUUCAAACGGAAGUUACUAAAAUUUCAUUAUCUUCGCUGAUUAAAUGCAGAGAUACGACCAUUCCAAUGCUAAAAAUGACAGCUACCGACUUUUGUCCUGCUGAAACCGCCAUCAUUAUAGGAAUCUGUUUAACAGUAGCAGUUACUGGAAUGUUAAUUGGUGUGUUAGCAGCACUGUACUACCGAUAUCAAAAUCAGAUUAAAGUUUGGCUAUACGCGCAUCAAUUCUGCUUGUGGUUAGUAACCGAGGACGAAUUAGACAAGGAUAAAUUAUACGAUGCUUUCAUAAGUUAUUCGCAUAAAGAUGAAGAGUUUGUUGUGAACGAAUUAGUGACCAAGUUGGAAAGUGGUUCCAGACCGUUCAAACUGUGUUUACAUUUCCGGGACUGGUUAGCGGGAGAAUGGAUACCAAAUCAAAUAGCUCGUUCCGUCGAUGAUUCGAGGAGAACCAUAGUCGUAUUGUCACCGAACUUUUUAGAAAGUGUUUGGGGACGAAUGGAAUUCAGAGCCGCCCACAGACAGGCCCUCAGUGAAGGCCGAGCAAGAGUUAUUCUAAUCCUAUAUGGUGAGAUUGGUGCUAUCGAUAAUUUGGAUUCAGAACUUAAAACCUAUUUGAGCAUGAACACCUACGUAAAGUGGGGCGAUCCUUGGUUCUGGGAUAAAUUGCGAUACGCGCUACCGCAUCCGCCAGAAUUGACAAAGAGCAGGAUUAGGAAUAAAAUUUUUGAAAAACAUCAACCAACUAUACAAAUUAAUGGUGACAAAAAGGAACUCAUUUAUCCAAAUAGUGACUCGAUAACGCCACCUGCGGCAAGUACUCCUCCAGCAGACACUAUUAAAAUAUUCGAAUGUGACAACGUAAACGAAGUUCAAAGGGAAAGCUUGGAAAAACAAAAUGUAUCGAAUAGUAAUGUCACAGUUGUCAUCUCGCCUGAACAAUUGAUGAAGAAUAAUUUAAUUAACACGGUACAAUGUACCAUGGUAUAAUAUAAGACAAAUAUGUAUAUUACAUAAGGACUGAUACAAACCUUCGAGACUGAACUUGUUCAAAUCUUGUAUAUUAUCUUACAAUAAGUACUAUUUUAUGAAUUUCAAUACUUAGAAAUAAUAAAAUUUGAUUAGGAUUUUAUUAUA